GUGUGUUUAUAAAAAAAAAAAAGAGAAGAUUGAAGAUGGCGACCAGCUCCGAACGCAGUCCUCCCCCGUUCCCCGACUCCGAGGACCAAGAUGUGCUAGACCCUGAGGACGUCGGAGGCCGAGACAGUGAUGAAGACGACGAAGGGGACGACCUGUUCAUGAGCGCAAGCAGCCCUCCGCUGACCGAAAUGGACCCCACACUGCCACCUGCCAGUCAACCCGGUGAUGUUUUAAUGAACAAUCCCAUCAAGCCUGUCAGCAGCCAAACAGAAACCAAACCAGCGAGUGUAUUUGCCAGUGAACCCCUUGAUGAUUUUGUUGACCUAACAAACAACGUAACCGACUCUCCUGACGACACAGUCGCAGCUGAAAGUGCCGUUGCAGAUGCAGCAAAAGACACAACUGAAAUCCAUUUAGAUGAACCCUCGGAUGAUUUUGUUGACAUAUUUGGAAGUGAAACCCAUCAAGAGGAAGUUGUAGCAGAUGUUACUGUUAAAACAGCAAAGAAUAAAAGUGAAGUGACCAGUGGUGUUACAGAUCCACCUGGUGAAAGGAAAUCAGGAAGUGAUGCAAAACAGGAAGCAAAAGUAACUUCCACUGAUUCAAUCAUCGACCUCAGUGGUGAUGUGUCAGCCAGUAACACACAACAGCCACAUGGCAGUGACAAAAUUGUUGACCCUUUGGUUGACCUCCUUAGUGAUGCUCCACCCGCUGCUGAUGCAAAAAAACCCAGCCGGGCAACAAUCGAUCUGUUUGAAGAUGAGGGAAGCGAGUUGUUCACAGAACCACGGCAGACUCAAUCUGCCAAGCAGUCACAGAAAAGCCUCUUCGGUGAAACUGAUGAGGAUCUGUUCAGUGAGUCGCUGGGUGCCACCACAAAGAAAACCAUCAGCAAAGAGCAUAAGGACAAAUUUGUCACAACCAAAGCUGUUGGUGAUCGACGCAACAUAGGUGGGCCUCUGCAAGACAGUAAUCCUGCAGAAACUGCUGAUAUCUUCACAGAGGAAGCCUUCACCACAGUGCCCAGCAUCAGAAACACCAGCACCGCCAACUCCAAGACUAAUGGAGUCCACUCUGAAGAAGAGACAGAUAUAUUUGCUGAAGGCACGGUGGAGCUUUCUCUCGACAGCCCGCUGAACGAGAGAAAGAGGGAUGUGACAGCCAAACCGUCUGCAUCCACCCCCUCUCUGUCAGCGGCUGCCAGCCUGGCCAAGCCUCAGUCUGCUUCCCUGGAGGAGUUGGAAGAAGAGGAAGAUGAAGAGCAGGAAGACACAUUUGAAAUUGUUGUCUCUGUCAAAGACCCUGAAAAAAUAGGGGACGGGAUGAAUGCCUACAUGGCCUACAAAGUAACCACACAGACCACACUGCCCAUGUUCCGCAACAAGACAUUUACAGUGAGGCGACGCUUCAGCGACUUCCUCGGCCUCUAUGAGAAGCUUUCUGAAAAACAUGGACCAAAUGGAUUAAUCGUGCCUCCGCCACCAGAGAAGAGCAUCCUGGGUAUGACAAAGGUGAAGGUGGGAAAGGAAGAUUCCUCGUCUGCAGACUUUGUAGAGAGAAGAAGAGGCGCCUUGGAGAGGUAUCUUCAGCGGGUGGUAAAUCAUCCAUCACUUCUGCAGGAUCCUGAUGUCAGAGAGUUCCUGGAAAGAGAAGAAUUACCCCGAGCAGUGAGUACGCAGGCUCUGAGCGGCGCUGGCUUCUUGAAAAUGAUCAACAAAGCAACAGAUGCUGUCAGUAAAAUGACCAUCAAGAUGAAUGAGUCAGAUGUGUGGUUUGAGGAGAAGCUGCAGGAGAUGGAGUCUGCAGACCAGCACUUCAGGAAGCUCCAUGCGCUGGUCGAAUCUCUGGUCAUUCACAGGAAAGAGCUGUCGUUAAAUACAGCAAGCUUUGCCAAAAGCACAGCCAUGCUGGGUAGCGCAGAGGACAACACCGCUCUGUCCCGAGCUCUCUCUCAGCUGGCAGAGGUGGAGGACAAGAUGGAGCAGUUGCACCAGGACCAGGCGGCAAACGACACCUUCGGCUUUGCUGAAGUCAUCGCAGAUUACAUCCGCCUGCUUGGAGCCGUGAGGGGGUCGUUUGAUCACCGGAUGAAGGCGUGGCAGCGUUGGCAGGAUGCUCAGACAGUGUUACAGAAGAAGAGGGAGACUGAGGCCAAAUUGCUGUGGGCCAACAAACCAGACAAACUGCAGCUGGCCAAAGAGGAGAUUACUGAGUGGGAGGCCAAAGUGACGCAGUAUGAGAGAGAUUUUGACAGAGUUUCUGCCACCGUGCGCAAGGAAGUCGUCCGCUUUGAGAAAGAAAAGGCCAAGAAUUUCAAAAGACAGAUAAUUAAGUACUUGGAGUCUCUGCUUCAGUCUCAGCAACAGCUGAUAAAAUACUGGGAGGCUUUCUUACCGGAAGCAAAAGCAAUCGCCUAAUCCUCGAGCCCCAGCCUUGUGGACGACAAAACAGGCUGCCUUUUUCUUAUACACUUUACCUCUUGCCUUUAAACCAAGGAAAAUGCGUGCAUUGUAAAGGGAGAUACAAUCAACCUGUUUUUUUUUUUUUAUCACCUUUAACAUAUAGCUCUGUACUCUAUUGUAUUAAUAAUUGUAUAUUUUCAUUUAACCUUCCACAAAUAUUUUCUUAUUAGAUGAAAAGAGUUUGCAUACACAAAGUUAAGGACACAUGAGAAAAAGAAGAAAGUGUAGAUAAAUGAUUCCAUUAAUUUCCACAAGAGAAGGGAAAUGAACCGAGUCUGUUGUUCUCAGGAUUUUCUCCCUUGUGUGAUCAGGAGCUCCUUCAUCAGCAAUGGUUAAUUGUUUACAGUGCGGCUGCUCUCUCAUCAAAUAUUUCUGGGGACCCAGAUGAAGAAAGUGGCCAAGAGAUCUCGCUCUGUUUCUUCUUUUUAAUGACUCAAAGGGAUAAAAUAACAGUUAAAUGAAUUAAAAAAAAAUUGAGCACUUCCACCAGGUGGAUAAAAUACUUCAGAACCAACUGUGUUUUCUUUUCUUUCAGAUUUAAAAUACUAUUGAUGCUGUGGGAAGGGGGUGCAUGGGUAUUGAAAGGCAUUAGAUUAGCAGGGUCUACAGCUGUGGUCAAGGGUUGCAUUGUAGGUCAAGCUUGUGGGUUUAAUGUUUUAGAUAUGAUUUCAAUCAUAGUACAAACUUUACUCUUAUAACUACACAUGUCUGUGCCUUUUAAGUCAGAAUGGUGUUUUUGGUAUUAUCCACUUUGGGAGAAAGUUUCACACAGCUGUGGGCAGUGCAGAGGCUUGUUUCUUCCAGCCAUAAUGAUAUAAGUGUCAAUGCUGAGGUUAAAGAAUAAUACUGGUGGUUUCAUGUUUAAGCCCAUUUACUACAAAUUAAGUGUUGUUUUCCCUCUACAUUCUUGCUUGUAACUGCAAAGUUGUUUUUAUUUUAUGUUUUCUCCUACCUUCCAGACAGUCUUUGGACUCACUACUGUAUGAAAAUCAACAUGCAGGGACUUGUAAUCCUCACAGUGAACGUCACGUCAGAGUGUUUUUGUCAAAGUUGUGUCAUUGUUGUUUGGUAAUUCAGUACUGUAAGUGUUAGAUGACUCUCUUUAGGGCAUUACCAAGCACCAGUGGCUUUGAGAAAAAUACAGUAAAUUCUGACAUGUAUGGGUUAGCCUUUUAAAGAAAGUCUUGUGCUGCUGUAGUGAAAUGAAUGGAAACCAAAGGCUGCCUGUAUGGUAGGAUUCUGAGUCCUGCUAUGAAGUUUGUUUGGUAGUAAUUUAAAAGUUAGGACCUCAACUAACACUUGAUAGAUUAACAGAUUCUUACAACUGUGUAGUCUGUAAAAUGUUGCAAAAUAAUGAAAAGUUCCACUGUCUCCUGGAGGCCAAUGUGACAAAAUUGUUUUAUCUAACAGUUUGAGUUUUAAAGGUACCCUGUGGAGUUUUUGACCAGUUGUAGCCUAUGAGCAAUGUUUGUUGGCUUCCCAUUUUUGUUAGUAGCUUGCGGGUGAUGUGAUAUGCCUUCCAGCGGAUGAUUUCUUGCUUUUCUAAUGAUGAACAUAAGAAAAGCAAAAAAUAUGACGACAAAGGCAGGAAAGAAUGCUGCUAGCUAGUAAACAUGGACGCAAACAAUGUAGAUUUCAAAUUCCUCACAAAAACACUCGGCAGUCUGCAAAUGUCUUUAUUAUGAGGAAGGAAAUGCAUUUAACGCAUUUGUCAGACCUGUAAGAUGCACAGUUUGGUGAGAAACCGUAAAUGUAAACAUAGCUUUGUUUGCAAAAACAACCUACAGGGUACCUUUAAUUUACAAUGAUAUAAAACCGAAAAGAAGCAAAUCCUCACAUUUAAGAAAGUGGAACAAGCUAAUGUUGGGCAUUUUUGCAUAACAAGGGCUGAGUAAUUAUAAAAGAUUAAUUGUCUGUUGUUCGGCUAAUAAUUUCAGCACUAAACAAUACUGUGUGUAAUAUCUAGUGAAUGGGCAACAACGUGCAAAUAACACUGGAAUGGUCCUUUAAAAAAAAAAAAAAAGAAAAGAAUAAAGCUGGACUGGGCUCAUACUGACUCCAAAACAUGAGCUUAAUGUCAAACACUAAAUGUACUGAUGUCAUAGUGAACCUGAUGCUUCCCUAAAGACUCGGUCUGCAGUUUGACAAGUAGAGUUUUAACAUCAAACGGUAACAAGCCCGUGUCACAGCGUCCUAUGGCUGGGCUGCUAUUUUUUGAUUUCAGCUUUAAUUUCACAUUUACGCACACAUAAAUUGAAGCCGUGUAGGGAUGACCUACAGUGUAUGUCAUCGCCUAACUUGCAGACAUUUCUGUGCACGUUUUUUAUUUUUGUACAACUAGUUGAACGCUUGUUUUCAACUGUUAGCACGCAUAAAACCUGUUGUUAGUGCGGACUCAUAAGUAUCUGUAUGCCAUCACUUGUCAAUGUGCAGAGCAAUGUCAGCAAUGUGCACCGUGUCAUAGAAAUUUCUUUUAAAACCAAUCAAUAAAAGUUGCACUGUUUACACUUGGAAAUUUCA